AUGGUUGAAUCGAAGCUUAUAAGAGAUUUCAAACGACGUAUUCCCGAGCACGAAAAAGCCAAAAUUGUGAAGGGCACCUUGGGGAUUCUGAGUCCAUGUACUCAUGUAUUCGAAGUCAAUCUUCCUUUCCGUCGGGAUGACGGAACGUUCGAAAUGGUGCAGGGGUAUCGUGCCCAACACAGUGUUCACCGAAGGCCAACAAAGGGAGGUAUCCGCUACAGUUUGGAUGUCAACAGAGGCGAAGUGAUGGCUCUGGCGGCAAUCAUGACAUACAAAUGUGCCGUGGUAGAUGUGCCGUUUGGCGGAGCAAAAGCCGGUCUUUGCAUUGAUCCUCGUUCGUGCUCAGCGGGUGAACUUGAGAGGAUAACUCGCCGCUUUGCUUUGGAGUUGUGCAAGCAUGGAUUCUUAGGUCCUGGAACCGAUGUGCCUGCACCUGACAUGGGAACAGGGGAGCGUGAGAUGAGUUGGAUCGCUGAUACCUAUGCAACGACUCUCGGUCACUUCGAUAUGCACGCCCAUGCAUGUGUUACCGGGAAACCAAUCACAAUGGGUGGUAUUCACGGUCGCGUUUCCGCCACUGGCCGCGGUGUCUUCCAUGGUAUUGAAAACUUCAUCAACAAUCCUAAAUAUGCGCAAAUGAUUGGGUUAACACCUGGGCUCAAAGGCAAGACUUUCAUCAUCCAAGGUUUUGGUAAUGUCGGUUUGCACACUAUGCGAUACUUGGAUCGUGCUGGUGCUAAAUGUAUUGGUGUUGCGGAGAUCGAUGGUCAAAUCUACAAUCCCAAGGGUAUCAAUCCAAGAGAAUUGGAGGACUGGAAAAUUGAGCACGGAACGAUUGUUGGUUUCCCGAAGGCAGAAGCCUACACAAAAGACUCGCUUUUGUUUGAAGAGUGUGAUAUCCUCGUACCUGCAGCAAACGAAAAGCAAAUCCACGGUGGAAAUGCUGACAAAAUUCGUGCAAAAAUUAUCGGAGAGGGUGCAAACGGUCCGACUACUCCGGCGGCAGAUAAAAUCCUACGGGAAAAGAACAAAUUGGUCAUCCCCGAUUUGUAUCUGAACGCAGGUGGUGUGACGGUUUCAUACUUUGAAUGGUUGAAGAAUCUGAAUCACGUCAGUUACGGUCGUCUGACCUUCAAAUACGAGCGUGAUUCCAACUACCAACUUCUUGACAGCGUUCGACAAUCGUUAGAGAAGAAAUUCGGCGAACCAAUUCCAAUUGUUCCAUCAGAGGAAUUCCAGCUGCGCAUUGCUGGUGCCUCGGAACGUGACAUUGUGCACUCCGGCUUGGAAUAUACCAUGGAGCGCUCGGCCAAACGCAUUAUGAACAUUGCGGAAUCUUAUAACCUCGGUCUGGACAUCCGUACGGCCGCCUAUAUUAGUGCUAUUGAGAAGAUCUUCAAUGUCUACCUGGAAGCUGGUAUCCUGUUCACUUGA